CCGGUGGCAGAGAAUCUCCAUUCACAAUUAAUGGAGAAACGAGGAGGGCCCCGGGGCCGGCCAGUGGACCAGGUGCCAUCCACGGUUGGGGGGAAGAUGCCGGACCAGGCUGAGUCACAUGGGGGUAAAAUGGCUCUAGGAGGAAGAUGCAAGAUAAAGUUGAUUAUUAUUGUUCAAGAUUCAUCUCUUUUUGCCAUGUAUGUGUAUAAGGAACAUAUGCUUGUUAACCAGGGUCCCACUCUCUCUGUGCAGAACUGUGAUCUGGAACAGCAAAGCAUUGUUCACAUUGUACAGAGACCAUGGAGAAAAGGUCAGGAAACAAAUGCGACUGUAGAGGACAAUGCCCGAAGCACCUUGGGAGGCUCUGAGAGGGAGCCCAAGAGCCUGACGCGGGUGGACCUCAGCAGCUGUGUCCUGCCAGCGGACUCCAUGGGGCUCGCUGUGAUUCUGGACACAGACGGCAGGAAUGAUUCACCAGUAGCUGGAAAGCCAGGCUGGGGCCAACCAGCUUCUUGUAUCUUCUGCUGGAAGCUGGUAAAGGUACAACUGGCAAGCCGGGGAUGGCCAGCAGGACCUUUGUCCUGGUACACUUCUCCCAACACCACGCCAGCCUAG